AUGUACGAUGAACAACCAAUAUCACGGGAUCCAGAUCCUUUUCCAUUAGAUUAUACUAGUGUUCCUUUCAUAGAGAAUACACAUAUUCUACAUUUUGUAAAUAACAUUGAUCUUCUUAUAACUACUGCAUCGCACUCUAAUCUUUUCACCAUAAAAAAACACAAAAAUAAUAAUAAAAAAAGAAAAGAAAACCACUCCAGAUGGAACCGAAACUCUCCUGCAGCCUGUAGUUUAUCUUAUCAUGCAGCCUGUAGUUUUAUCCUACUGGUUUUUGGUUUAAUAUGUUUUGAAUCUUAUCCUGCAUCCUGUAGUUUUAUCGGAUCAUUCUGUUUGUGCAUAUCCCAACAACCCAACCACAACCCAUCUUGUCUUUUCGUUUUCUAUGUAGAUUUUGGCUCUCUGAGUAUUUUCUUAGUUUCCAAUGGCUUGAAGUUCUUCAAGGUUCAUCAAGUGUGUGACUCUGGGACAUGGGGCUGUGGGGAAGGCCUGUAUGCUUAUUUGCUACACCAGCAACAAGUUUCCCACUGUCUCUCUAUUUUCUUACUUUGUGCUUCUGAUUCAGUUUUCCAAUUGGCAAGAAAUGACAUUCUGGAAGUGCAGAGGAUGCUUGGGAUUGAAGGGACGCCAGUCUGCAUACGAUACAACAACAUGGGAUGAACAAUGACUGUCGGCACAUGAUCUGCAUCAGGGAUGUGAUGAAAUACAUGGGGCAACUGGCUGGACUGACGUAAUUCGGAGCAAAUAAAAUGGGGAAGAGCGUGAAUGCAUUGGCGUCGUUUGAGCAGGUGGUGGAUCAUCUGUUCAUAUGGUUGUGCGAAUAGGAGAGUUGACGCAGUUAGAGGAGUGAGUGAGUACAUAAUUAUGGGUGUGCCAAUUCGGGUUAGGUAUAGAAUGUUCAACAUUAGAUAAGGAGGAUUUUCUGGUCCUGGAGCUCAUGAUUCAUGGAAUUGCAGUAUGGGCUAGGCUGUGCAGUUCCAAUUACUUGAGUUGAAGAAAGAAUGAUGAAAUUAUGAUUUUGUAGAACAUCUCAUUUCUGUUUUCUGGUAAUUUGAAUUUUUUUUCCGUUCUUUUCUUGGGCA